AAAAUGAAAUACGAACAACAUCGGAUACUUUUAUUGACAAUAUUUGCAGUUCUAUGCAGAUAUCCAGCGGCUUUUGCUGCUAAGAAGAACUAUGUUACCUGCGGAUCCAUAAUAAAAUUAUUGAAUUCGGAUUACAAUAUGCGCCUGCAUUCACAUGAUGUCAAGUACGGUUCAGGAUCCGGCCAACAAUCAGUGACAGCAAUUGAAUUGAAAGAAGAUGUAAACAGCCAUUGGGUCAUCAAGGCAUCUACAAACAAACACUGUGAAAGAGGUGAACCCAUCAAAUGUGGAGACAUUGUCCGGCUGGAACAUUUAAGCACACACAAAAAUCUGCAUUCACAUUUCUUCUCGUCUCCAUUGUCGGGCGAACAAGAAGUUUCGGCAUAUGGUGAAAAUGGUGUCGGCGACACUGGCGAUCAUUGGGAACUUAUUUGCUCAAAUGAAAGCUGGAUGCGUGAUGCCCACGUUCGACUAAGGCAUGUUGAUACCGGAGCAUACUUGGCUAUAUCUGGACGUACAUUCGGUCGUCCUAUUUCCGGUCAAAUGGAAGUUGUGGGCGUGAAUAAUCCCAGUCAUGGAACAAGAUGGACCACAGCUGAAGGCCUUUUUAUUGUUCCCAAAGAGAAAGAGACUGAAUACAUCCACACAGAACUGUGAGAUCAUUCACGCCACAUUGAUGCUUGCUA